AUGAAAUUGUUUGGGGGUAAUAUAAAGGAUGAAAUACAUCCUACUUCUUUGGAGGUGUUUUCAGCUAUUGCUUAUCAAUGUUUAAAGAAUGACAGUGGAAAACAUCCAUUAAUGGAGGAUGUUGUGACAGAACUUGAAAUUGCCUUCGACUAUCAAUGUGGUGAUAAGGACAUUGUGAAGGCUGACACCGAUCAUUUUGUGGAGGAUGGAUCUCUUGAUGAUAAUGUUGAGUCUUUUUUAUUUCAUGAUGAUACGGAUCCAAGGGAUGCAGUUGGUAGUUCUAUGGAUGUUAGCAAAGAGUUCACAUUUGCAGAAGUCAAUUCUGUUCGUGCAAGUGCAAGAAAGGUGAUCUGUUGUCACUUUUCCCCAGAUGAUUCAUUAAAGCCAAAGACAACUCUCGAAGAACAUUCAUCAUUGAUCACGGAUGUGAGAUUCAGCCCAAGCAUGCCACGCCUUGCCACCUCAUCUUUUGAUAAAACUGUCUGUGUUUGGGAUGCUGAUAAUCCUGGUUUUUCACUACGUACAUUUAUUGGGCAUUCUGCAUCGGUGAUGUCAUUAGACUUCCACCCGAAUAAAGAUGACCUCAUCUGCUCAUGUGAUGGGGAUGGCGAAAUAAGAUAUUGGAGCAUAAAUAAUGGCAGUUGUUCAUGUGUAUUCAAGGGGCAUAGAGAACUGAUUCAUUCGGUUUGCUUGGAUCCAAAUGGCGAGUAUUUGGUGUCUGUUAGUCAAGACUCGGUGAGAGUUUGGUCUUUUAUGGCUGGAAAUGAAGGAGAGUGUAUACAUGAUCUCAGCUGUAAUGGAAAUAAGUUUCAUUUUUGUGUUUUUCAUGGCAGUUAUGCUUCCUUAUUGGUCAUCGGCUGUUACCAGUCUUUGGAGCUUUGGAACAUGUCACAGAACAAGACAAUGUCUUUGGAGCUUUGGAACAUGUCACAGAACAAGACAAUGACAUUGUCGGCCCAUGAAGGAUUAAUUGCUAGUUUGGCAAUGUCAACAGCUACGGGUUUGGUAGCUUCUGCUAGCCAUGAUAAGAUCAUUAAGCUUUGGAAGUGA